AUGACUUCGACUGGCUUGCCAAAGGGAACCGCGCCUAUCAAGCGAGAAUAUUUGGUGGACGCUGUACCCCUUGUUUCUGUGGAUGUCACGGUGGUAGCAAGCAACGGCGCUGUUCCAUUGGCCGGCUCGACGCGUAAACGAUCCGAAAUGGAAACAGAAGACGAAAUUGUCUCAUCAGUCGCUCCGAAAGAGCCUGCCGAGGGCAAAGAUGGCGACGGGGCUACGGAGGACGCCGACGGCGAGCCACCAACGAAAAAGGUCAAGCUAUCGGGUGCUCAGCGACGAAAACUUGCCAAAGAGGAGAAGAGGAACAAGACUGGUCAGAAUAAAGGGCGUCGAUUCCAGCGCGUUCAUGACGAGCAAGAGAUUUGCUGGAAGAUUGCCUGUGGACUCGAAUGUCCAUUUGGUGAAAAGUGUAGGGCUUCACAUGAUCUCGCGGCGUAUCUCUUGGGAAAGCCUUCAGACAUCUUCUUUCCUACGUCCUUAUCUCUCUCUUCGUCUCCGCCUUUUGUGCAUGUGGGUGAUGUAGACACAGAGGGAACAGAGGCAUACAAGGCGGCGCAUCCGUUUAUCGACCUCUGUCCGGGCGCAUCAACAGCCACGCGGUGCACUUAUUUCGAAGAGUAUGGAGAAUGCAAAGCGAACUUCAAGUGUCGCUUCCUUGGUGCGCACCUCCAGUAUGCACCUGUCAACGGAGAGGGAGGGCAUAGAACAUUGAGUGUCCGCGCAAACCCGGAGCGUAUUGAGUGGGCCAAGGCCCAUGCUCAAGAGCUGAAUAUGAUCCAGCCGGACACAGCGAAGAGCCUGCGCAAGAGAGAGUAUAAGAUGGAGAAGACGGACGAAUUUAGGCGGAUCUUAAAGGAGGGAGAAGGAAAAUCGAUGAGCUUCCGUGGACUACUCACGAAACGGGCUGAUAAAGAGGAUGAAGGAGACAUGGCAGAAGAUCGAGACGACGAGACAAAGGGCGGGAGUGAUGUAUAUAUUAUUGAGAGGCCAGAGAAGAAGCGGCUGCACUGGAAGGAUCUGACUUAUCUUGCUCCUCUGACGACUGUUGGUAAUUUGCCGUUUCGACGCCUAUGCACAACACUCGGAGUUGAUAUCACCUGUGGGGAGAUGGGACUAUCGCAUUCAUUCCUUCAAGGCUCAAAAGAAGAAUGGUCACUGGUUAGGAGACAUCCUUCGGAGAGGAUAUUCGGUGUUCAGAUCGCGGGCAACAAGCCCGAACAGACCACUGCGUGUGCCGACGUAAUUGGAAACGAGUGUAGCUCGAUCGACUUUGUGGACUUGAACGCUGGUUGUCCUAUCGACCUCGUAUACCAAGCAGGUAGUGGAAGUGCUCUCCUAAAUACGGCUGGGAAGAUGGGCAAGUGCUUGAUUGGGAUGAAUUAUGCGCUUGGCGAUGUCCCUGUCACUCUCAAAAUGCGGACAGGAGUGAAAGACGGCUUUCCGACGGCGCACAAACUGAUGCCCAGGCUGCAUGAUUGGGCGGUUGGAUCUGUGACGCUACAUGGGAGAUCGAGGCAACAGAGAUACACGCGCCUAGCAGACUGGGAAUACAUCAAGUCAUGUGUGCAGGCCCUUCGUGCGCAUGAAGCGACGCUAGCGGAUGCGGUAGAGGGCAUCGACGCCGAUGUCGCGAUGCGAAGUAGUGGUGGCACCGAGAUCAAGGAGCGCAGGGACUGGGAUAUAAGUUCUCGCGAGAGGCUAGACCUGAUCCGCAAGUACGCUGAAUUCGGUCUAUGUCACUUUGGGUCAGACACGGCUGGAGUCAAUACAACUCGGCGAUAUUUAUGCGAGGCUCUCUCUUUCUUGCAUCGUUAUAUCCCCAUUGGAUUACUCGAGGUCAUGCCACCCCGACUCAACGACCGAGCCCCAGCGUUUCGAGGACGGGAUGAACUAGAGACUCUGCUUUCGAGUGCGGACUGCAAGACGUGGGUGAAGAUUUCGGAAAUGUUCCUUGGACCCGCACCGGCAGCGUGGACGUUUGUUCCAAAGCACAAAAAUCCUCGACACAGAGGCCCAGGCGAAUCUUCCAAGUUGCCUGUCCCAGAGCUCGAGGAGACGUGUCGGCGAUACCUCGCAGCGCUCCAGGAGCUCCAGGAUGAAGACGAGCAUGAAGCGACCAAGAAGGCGGUCGAUGACUUUCUUCAUGGCGAUGGACCAAGGAUUCAGGCCAAGCUCAAGGAAUGGGCCGCCUCCCAGGACAGCUAUAUUGAAGAGUUUUGGUACGAGUCGUAUCUCUCGCAUUCGGAUCCUGUAGUCUUGGCGUUGAACCCGUUUUUUGUCCUCGAAGAUGACCCAACACCGUCCCGUGGCACACAACUCCCUCGUGCAGCGUCACUCAUUGUUUCAUCACUCGGCUUUGUUCAUGAUCUCCGCGAGGGGCUGCUCAGCCCGGAUACCGUUCGUGGAAAGGCGCUUGAUAUGGACCAAUACACGCGUCUCUUUGGAACGGCGCGUGUACCAACGAACCGAGGAUGCCGCAUGGACGUCGACGAAGGCUCGCGGCAUAUUGUCGUCAUUCGCCGUGGUCAAUUCUACCACUUUGACGUGCUUGAUUCGGCCAAUCGACCAGUGCUCACAGAACGAGAGAUCCUACGCAAUCUCGAGGCAAUCUGCUCAGAUGCCGAGACUGUACCGCUGAACGAGGUGGCCAGUUCGAGCAUGGGCGUACUUACGACGGAGAACCGCAAAGUAUGGAACCGACUACGCAACGUCCUGAUCUCAGACGAGGCCAAUCGAGAAUGUCUCCAGGUUGUGGAUGACGCACUGUUUGUUGUAUGCUUGGACGAUGUUGCACCGGACAAUGUGGCAGAGCUAUGCAGCAAUUUCCUCUGCGGGACAUAUCAGCUCAACGGGGGUGUCCAGGUCGGCACUUGUACCAACCGGUGGUACGACAAGCUCCAAAUUAUUGUCUGUGCAAACGGGACAGCUGGUAUCAACUUUGAACAUACGGGUGUCGACGGUCAUACCGUUCUACGCUUUGCAGCAGACGUAUUCACCGAGGGGUUAAUGCUCAUGGCACGCUCGAUCAAUCCCGCAGCACCGACACUCUUUCACGCCAAACUGAGUCCGCACGCUAAGAGUUACAAGCCAUCCAAGGGCGCAAAGAAGGAGGAUAUCAUUCAUGGCCCGAAAGAGCAUAUCGACACGACGCCCAAGAAGCUCGAGUGGCAUCUGGUUCCGGAGCUUCGUGCGGGUAUCCGAUUUGCGGAACGCAGAAUCUCGGACCUGAUUUGCCAAAAUGACUGCCAGGAGUUGGAAUUCAAAGGCUAUGGCAAAGAUUUCAUUACCCGCCAUGGGUUCAGCCCAGAUGCAUUCGUCCAGAUGGCGUUCCAGGCUGCAUACUAUGGGCUGUAUGGGCGAACUGAAUGCACGUAUGAACCAGCCAUGACCAAGGCCUUUUUACACGGACGCACCGAGGCCAUUCGGACAGUUCAACCUACAAGCGUCACAUUUACAAAGACGUUCUUCUCCGAGUCGAGUAUUGAGCAAAAGAUCGACACGCUCCGCAAGGCCUGUGCUGCCCACGUGAAGCUAACACGCGAGUGUAGCGCUGGAUAUGGACAGGACAGGCAUCUUUACGCCCUAUACUGCCUCUUGCAGCGCGAAAUCAAUGAGUCGUCUCGGAGCCCAUCACCGAGCACCCAAAGUCCGAAGAUCAACGGCAAGACAAAGAUUACUGCAGGCGGAGAGGGGUAUACAAAUGGAGAUACCACAGCCAAUGCAAACAACGAGGUCAAUGUCGAACCAACCGCGUCUGGACACGCGACGGCAUUGCCUGCCAUCUUUACGGACCAUGGAUGGAGUAUCCUUAACACGUCGAUUAUCUCGACGUCGAAUUGUGGCAAUCCCGCUCUGAGGUUGUUUGGAUUCGGGCCGGUCGCGGCUGACGGGUAUGGUAUUGGAUAUAUUAUCAAAGAUGAUGGUAUUUCAAUCUGUGCGUCGUCCAAGCACCUUCAGACACGCCGAUUCUUGGACACCAUGAAGCAGUAUUUGCUUGAUGUGCAAAGGAUGAUUAUUCAGCUUCAUCGACAGGCAAAUGAGCGACCUAAGCCACUCGAGCCACAGAAGCAGCACGGACGUACGCAGAGCAGACCCACCAACUCUAUUCCCAACGGGCUGAAACCUGUGGAUGGUAUGGAGAAGAAGAUUGUGAUGAAGCGUGCAGGUAGCCACGUCCGUCUUGCCAAUUUGGAGACCAACGAGGAAGAGGAUGUAGACAUUGACCUAUUGACCGCCGGGUACUCAUUCUUCGAUUCAGGAGACGUCGAAGUGUUCCAGCCGCAGCGGCGCCGUCCAACUGUAGGGCGUGUUCUUCGAUUGGCAGAGUAUUAA